AUGUCUCUCUCCAGCAAGCUUGGUAUCACCGAUGUCGACCUCAAGGACAAGAAGGUCCUGAUCCGCGUCGACUUCAACGUCCCCAUGGACGGCGACAAGAUCACCAACAACCAGCGCAUCGUUGCUGCGCUCCCCACCAUCAAGUACGCCAUCGAGAAGCAGGCCAAGGCGGUCGUCCUCAUGUCCCACAUGGGCCGCCCCGACGGCAAGCCCGUCCCCAAGUACUCGCUCAAGCCCGUCGCCGCCGAGGUCUCCAAGCUCCUCUCCAAGGACGUCGAGUUCCUGCCCGACUGCGUCGGUUCGGCCACCGAGCAGGCCGUCGCCGCUGCCGAGGGCGGCAAGAUCUUCCUGCUCGAGAACCUCCGCUACCACAUCGAGGAGGAGGGCAAGGGCACCAACGAGGCCGGCGAGAAGGUCAAGGCCGACGCCAACAAGGUGCAGGAGUUCCGCGCCAGCCUCACCAAGCUCGGCGACGUCUACAUCAACGACGCGUUCGGCACUGCCCACCGUGCCCACUCGUCCAUGGUCGGCGUCCAGCUGCCCCAGCGUGCCGCCGGUUUCCUGAUGAAGAAGGAGCUCGAGUUCUUCGCCAAGGCUCUCGAGAGCCCCGAGCGUCCCUUCCUCGCCAUCCUCGGCGGUGCCAAGGUGUCGGACAAGAUCCAGCUCAUCGACAACAUGCUGGACAAGGUCAACUCGCUCAUCAUCUGCGGUGGCAUGGCGUUCACCUUCAAGAAGACGCUCGACAACGUCAAGAUCGGCACGUCGCUCUUUGACGAGGCCGGUUCGCACAAGGUGGCCGAGCUCGUGGAGAAGGCCAAGAAGAACAACGUCGAGCUCGUCUUCCCCGUCGACUACAUCACCGCCGACAAGUUUGACAAGAACGCCAAGACCGGCUCCGCCACCGACGCCGAGGGCAUCCCCGACGAGUGGAUGGGCCUCGACUGCGGCGAGCAGUCGCGCAAGCUCUUCCGCGACACCAUCACCAAGGCCAAGACCAUCCUCUGGAAUGGCCCCGCCGGUGUGUUUGAGUUUGACAACUUUGCCGGCGGCUCCAAGGCCAUGCUCGACGCCUGCCUCGAGGCCGAGAAGAACGGCUCCACCGUCAUCGUCGGCGGUGGUGACACUGCCACCGUGGUCGCCAAGUACGGUGCCGAGGAGGGCAUCUCGCACUGCUCCACCGGCGGCGGUGCUUCGCUCGAGCUGCUCGAGGGCAAGACGCUCCCCGGUGUCAAGGAGCUCUCGGAGAAGUGA